AAAAGCAGCAGUGAUCUCGGUGUGACAGCUCAGAGCUGUCCACGUCAACACACCGAGCGAGCACGGCGGCGGCGGCAGCGAUGGACUCAGCGUCUCUGUCACUGUAGUUCCUCCCAGGAAGGAGAGGAUGAGGCGAGGGGGUUGCAGUCAGCAAAUACACCACUAGAUGCCACUAAAUCCUACACACUGGACCUUUAAGUAAAAGAUCUGAAGAAAUCUGCGCCACAUCAGCAAACUACAAUGUUAAAAUGCUAUGUAUAUAAAUGCAUAAUAAUAGACUGAUCCAAUAACACAUCUGUAUCGUGUCAUUUCACACCAGUAUCUACUGAGUUAUAUUGCAGAGAUGGCGUGUCAUUUAAUGCACGAAUGUCAUCAAGAAAAAACUGAGUGAGAAAGUCACUGUAUGGAGGAGGUUAGGAUGGAUGGAUGGAUGGAUGGAUGGAUGGAUGGAUAAAAUACAAAACUUGACCCCAAGACACCGUCAACUACUAGUUAACGAACCUUCCCUCUAUACAGUGAAAGCUGUUUUCAUACUUGACAAUGAUGGCAACAGACUUCUGUCCAAGUACUAUGACCGGGAGCUUUACCCCUCCAUGAAGGACCAGAAGAACUUUGAGAAGAACGUCUUCAACAAGACGCACAAAGCAGACAAUGAGAUUGCUUUCCUCGAGGGGAUGACCAUUGUCUACAAGAGCAGUAUAGAUCUCUUCUUCUACGUGGUGGGAAGUUCUCAGGAGAAUGAGCUGAUGCUGAUGUCAGUACUGAACUGCCUGUUUGAGUCCCUCAGUCAGAUCCUCAGGAAAAAUGUGGAGCGUAGGUGUUUGCUGGACAACAUGGAAGGAGUGUUCCUGGUCGUGGACGAAAUCAUUGACGGAGGGGUUAUUCUGGAGAGUGACCCUCAGCAGGUCCUACAGAAGGUCAACUACAGGGCGGAUGAAAACCCAUUAUCUGAACAAAGCGUGGCCCAGCACAUAACAAAGAAACUGGCUCUCACCACUAACGUUCUGCAGUCGGCCAAGGAGCAGAUCAAAUGGUCCAUACUGAAAUGACUCGGACCAGUUUAGGAGAGAAAGAGACACACACAGAGAGAGAGAGAAAGGUUUCUAGUCCCAAAGCUAUGUUUUUUAUAGUAACAGACUAAAGGGAAGGUGGCCACAGGCCUGUGGGCCGACAGGCUGCUUUAUUUUAGCAAUUAACCAGCCAGUAAUAGGAUUUAGUUUCUAUGCGCGACGGCAUUUUGUUACAUUGUGUGUGCAACGUGGAAUUAAUUUAUUUGGUUUGAGAGUGAAGGUAGUCCACACUCAUGUAGAGAUAUCAUUGAACCGGCUGAGUGAAAAGAGAAAAUGAAAGAAGGUAGUAGUCCUGUGUGAAAGAACUAAUCUGAACUAAAUACAGGAAGCUCGAUCAGCGAUCUGUUACUUUUCUUUUGGUGGAGCAGGAUCCUCCACUCUCAUUUGCUCAAAAGUAGGAUCUAUUUGUUGUUUUGCUAAUCAUUGAUAUGCAAUUUUAAAAGUUUGUUAAAUGAAGAUCUUUUUUCCCCAAAAUGUUACAAAAGAUUUUUGGAAAAUCUGUUUUUGAAGGGUAUGUUACUUUCUGUGUUAGUAUGUGUUUGUUUAUUUUACCCAAACAUUCACUCAAUUCAUUCAAUCUACAAAAUGAGAACAGACAAACACUGCAGCAGAUAUCUGCAGAUUCAAGCUAAAAAGCUGAAUAUUACAUAAUAUUUGAACCAUGUCAUUUGACCAGGCUGGUGUUAGCAUCAUUUGUGCACUGAAUGGCUCCGUUUGAUAAAGUUUGUGUUUUGUAAAACUAAACAAAUGUUAGCACUGUGUGUUGGAGGGUUCCACUCUAUGUUCUUUCAAAUGCUCAUAUCUGCACAUGUAAUUCAUCUUUAGAAUCAAAGGGACCGUAAACUAUAUGAGUCAUUAUUUUGACGGCACGGUUAUAAAGAGUAACAAUAUUUUCUGAGAGUUAUAUUAAAUAUUUUCUUAGUUGAAAAGAUGAAAAAAGCCAAAGACAGACGAAUUAUUUUGUUUACAUUUGGAUGUUGUUGAAACAAACUGCCAUUUUGUCUGAUAUCGGGCAUUUCUCUGUCCAUAGACUGAUAAUAAAACUGUAUAUUUGA